AUGGAGAAAAAGAAGGGAAACAUAUUGAUGAAUAAAUACGAGCUGGGACGAUUGCUUGGACAAGGGACCUUCGCCAAGGUUUACCAUGCCCGAAAUCUGAGGUCCGGCCAGAGCGUCGCGAUUAAGGUCAUCGACAAGGAGAAGGUGCAACAGGUGGGAUUGAUUGAUCAAAUCAAGAGAGAAAUCUCUGUGAUGCGCCUUGUGAGGCACCCCAAUGUGGUUCAGCUCUUUGAAGUCAUGGCCAGCAAGACCAAGAUUUAUUUUGCCAUGGAGUAUGUGAGAGGUGGGGAGCUUUUCAACAAGGUUGCCAAGGGGAAGCUCAAGGAAGACGUGGCCCGAAAAUACUUUCAGCAGUUGGUUGGGGCUGUUGAUUACUGCCAUAGCAGAGGCGUCUACCACCGCGACAUCAAGCCAGAGAAUCUCUUGGUUGAUGAGAAUGGUAACCUUAAAGUUUCGGAUUUCGGAUUGAGCGCAUUAUGGGAGUCAAGGGGACAAGAUGGCCUUCUCCACACAACAUGUGGAACUCCUGCAUAUGUAGCACCGGAGGUGAUAAACAAGAAAGGUUAUGAUGGUGCCAAGGCUGAUACAUGGUCUUGUGGGGUUGUCCUUUAUGUUCUGUUGGCUGGUUUUCUGCCUUUCCAUGAUACCAAUCUCAUGGAAAUGUACAGGAAAAUCAGCAAAGGAGAUUUCAAAAGUCCGCAAUGGUUUCCUCCAGAGGUUCGCAAGCUUCUUUCGAGGAUUCUUGAUCCUAAUCCAAACACAAGAAUAAGUGUGGACAAGAUCGUGGAGAACAGUUGGUUCAAGAAAGGGUUUAAACUUGUUGAAGCACCUUUGCCGCCUCCUGAUCCCAACGCCUCCAUCCUGCGUGAUGUCCAGGCAGCUUUUGCAUCAACAACAACAGAUGAGUCUGCAGAAGGCAGUUCCCACAAGAAAACGAGCACAGCAGGAACAACCCCCAUGAGGCCAACUUGUUUCAAUGCCUUUGACAUCAUCUCUCUAUCGCCAGGUUUUGAUCUAUCCGGUUUGUUUGAGAAUGACAUGCAGCACAGACCACAGGCAAGAUUCACCAGCACAAAACCAGCCGCAACAAUUGUUUCAAAAUUCGAAGCGAUAGCAGAGACCGAGAGAUUCAAAUGCAUGAAGAAAGAUGGGACCCUGAAAUUGCAGGGCAGCAAGGAAGGAAGGAAAGGGCAGCUUGGUAUCGAUGCUGAGAUUUUUGAGGUCACGCCUUCAUUUUAUGUUGUAGAGAUGAAGAAAACGGCUGGGGACACAUUAGAAUACAUGGAGUUCUGUGACCAUGACUUAAAGCCCUCUCUUCAGGACAUAGUAUGGACUUGGCAAGGAAGUGAACAAAAGCAUGAGCAACAGCCAGCAGCACCAGAAAUUGUUUCUUAG